AGCGACCCGAGCUGGCGUGGCAAAGCGCACGGAGCAGCUCAGAAGCAGCCCAAAGCGAGCACACGACCCCUUGCUGGCUCUACAGUCCCACCGUACAGCAGCUCGCUUGCUCAGUGCAAGCAAAGCGCACUCCCUUGUCUCAGCAGUCAGCCAGCCGGAGCAUGUCAGCCGCGAGCGUGCCAGAGGGCUCUGCGUACGACGCCCCCGACGAAUCCACUGAGACACCCGUUGGCAAGACGAGUGGCCGACAGAGUCGAGAUGCCUCUCUGAGCAAGAGCGCGGCUAUCAGGCAUACACUGGAACGGCAAGGUGUGCCUGAUAGCGACGGAGGGGAGCUUACCACACCUACCCAUCAGUCAGACUUGGCUAGAUACGAACAACAGAAUGGCAUCGUCCGGCCAAAGGCCCUCCAGAGAUCGAUGAGCUCCCAAAGGUCUACCGACCCGCUCGCGUCGCCCUCUGCCGAUCCACCGAGCAGGCCGCCAUCGACCUAUUUUGAGCAUCUCGAUGGAUCAGCCCAUCAGGCCCAGCUCGACAGAUCUGCCAGCAGACGCGCUUCGACUGUCUCUGUCUCGUCAGAUGCCAAGCCGGAUGUCUCGUCUGGCCUCACAAAGUCUGCGCUCAACUCGCCUAGGUUCGAGCGAGCGGUCUCCUCCUCGUCCGAUAGCAGUCGCUCUACCGGCCUCAGUCAGUCUUCGCCUUUGCUGAGCGCACAAGCCCCAAAUGACAGCCAUGACGACACCCUCAGUCCCUACGAGGAGGGCGAAGCGUCGAAUUCCGUCCUGACGCUAUCCGCGCCUGCGAGGGCGAUCCCUGUGCGAAUACGAGAUUUCGCCUUUCCGUCUGACGAUCCAAGAUAUGUCGGAAAGCCCCAUCCUGAUAUGAUAGAACACGAGCGCAGACGGGCUGCUGCUGCCCAAGCAGGCUCGAGCGAUUUCCCCAGCAUGGACUUGAGCUCACGGCUGCCCGAAGAAGCCCUGGCAGAGGACAGCGACGAAGAGGCUGCAGGCGAAGAAGCCAGACGGUCAGGCGCUUCUCCGGGCGCAUUCUAUUGGGGCUUCACUACCUCUGCAGACAAAGCUCAAGGCGACGAAGCGUUCUAUCGACCGAGAUACAAGCUCGAUUCAAACUCUUCGCAAGCAGACGACGACGAGCUAGAUUCGCAUUCUGAGCCUCUAGAGGGUCAAGAGUCUGAAGAGUUGCCUGCCAUCGAGCCCGGCAGUCUCUACAAGGCCAAUUAUGCCUUUACUGCAGAAACACCUCAGGAGAUGUCGUUGAUCGAGGGAGAGAUCGUCAAAGUCUACGAGCGACUCUGCGAGGGAUGGGUCAUCGCCGCCAAGAUGACCCCCGCAGGAGAUGAGAGUUCGUCUGCUUCGAUGGGCUCGACCAAGGAAGAGGCGGAGGAAGAGCAGGGCCUGAUACCAGAGAGCUACCUUACGCUUGUCGGCUAGCUGGCCUAGCCAUAUGAGCCAUAGCUAGCUUAGCGCGGUCAGGUGAGCCUAUGCUGCAUUCUGAUCAGACAACCAAGUCUGAUAUGCGUUUGGAGGCCACGGCUGCGUCUGCUGCCCGCCUGAUCGUCGUAUACGCCUCAUCGAUAUGCUCAGCUUGCGUUUGAGGCGAGCCAAUAGCGAACCGG